UUCAGUAGGUCACAAACUUCGGAACACACAGCUGAUUAGAAAAUUUUUGAAUGCAUAAUUUUUGAAAUUUAAAUUCAUGUAAAUUUGUAGCAUGUUUUAGGUUUAUACUUUCAUUUUUCUAACUUGAUUUUGUAAAUUUUUUUACCGCUCGUUACAAGUUUCCUACCUUGUCAUCAGCUAAAAAUGAGUGCAUCUCGCUUUAAUUUUGAUGCAGCUCCUUGGGACCUGAGUACGUUCAAAGGCAGAUUGAAAUACUUCUUCUGGGUGACUGAUCCACGCCUUUGUCUGGCCGAUGAUAAAACUCUCGAUGAAGCUAAAAAUUUAAGAAACCAAUGGAGAUCUGGCCAAGAACCUAAAGAUGUUAAACUCGAGCAAAUAAUGAGAGCCAAACAACUGUAUGAAAGCGCUUUUCACCCGGACACCGGAGAAAAACAGAACUUAUUCGGUAGAAUGUGUUUCCAAGUUCCCGGAGGAAUGGUUAUUACCGGCGUUAUGUUAUCUUUCUACAAGACCACUACAGCUGUCGUGUUUUGGCAAUGGGUUAACCAAUCAUUCAACGCUUUGGUCAACUACACCAAUAGAAAUGCCAAUUCGCCUUUAACUAAUACACAAAUGGGAGUAGCGUAUGGAUCAGCUACGCUAGCUGCUUGCUUCACAGCGAUUAAAUUUAAAUCAUUUUUGGCGAAACACUCAGGACCAUUUAUGCAACGAUACGUGCCAUUCGCUGCAGUCGCAGCUGCUAAUUGUGUCAACAUUCCUUUAAUGAGGCAGAAUGAGAUUACCGAAGGUGUUGAUGUUCUUGAUGAAAAUGGAAAUAAAGUUGGAACUUCUCGAGUGGCUGCCGUUAAAGGUAUUAGUCAAGUUGUGCUUUCUCGAAUUAUCAUGUGCGCUCCGGGAAUGUUGUUAUUACCCGCUGUGAUGGAAAGAUUAUGUAAUAAAAGUCCUUGGAUUCUUAGAAACACGUGGUUUCACGCUCCUUUCCAGACAAUCGGUGUUGGUUGCUUCUUGACUAUGAUGGUUCCCACAGCUUGCGCUAUUUUUCCGCAAUUGAGUUCUAUUCAAGUAUCAACCUUGGAAAAAGCCGAACCUCGCUGUUACGAACAGAUCAAAACUACCUGCAAAGGAAACCUACCAGCUCUUGUUUACUCUAACAAGGGGUUGUAAAUGUUACCAUUUUUAGGUUAAUGAUUUGUGUGUAAUAGUUCAAAGUUGAGCAGGAUUGCGUUUAAAGUGAUCUCUCGAUUUUGAGAUUUAUUUCAAGUGUCACUGACACCAGCACUUGUUUCACUUUCGCUUAUCUCUGUGUUAGUAUUUACCUAUAUUUGUAUUUGUAGUAUUAUUGACCUAAGUACUUACUUGAAAUAGUCCAUUAAUCAUUAUUACUUCAUAUCUCAGGGAGAUUGGGGUCUGUAAUCUUAUGUCUUCCCGCAAUCAUUGAAAUUUUUAUCACCCUCAAUUUUCCGGAUGAGUUCAUUCUUUCAAAUUUUAUCCAUUUUCGAGUCUCAAAAGUGAAAUCUAGUCACAAAUUACGCAUUUUUGCCUACGUAUUUCUUCAUCGAAUCUCUUUAACCACUUGAUUGAAUUUUUGGUGUAUUGUUUUAUUAUACUUAAGACGUUAAUUACGCAGAGACAAUAAUUUUUAGUCGUACCUACAAUAUUAAUUGUAUUUAUGUGUUUGUUGUUCCUCUUCCAAUGGCCAUUGGACGAAUUAAAUAAUGCGCAAAUA